CAUCUUAAAACGAUGGAAAUGGGCAGCCUCUCCGCCGGAGCACAGACCACGCAAAUCCCUGUGCCGCACCAACUCAGCCACUCCACCAUAGAUGCGUCCCAGUUUCAUGGUAAUAUGGACGGUCAGAGCGCCGGGUCCUCCAAAGUUCUGCAACACCUGAGUUCAUCGGGGAUUAAAGCGGGUUUGGGGAUACUCAAAGUGGCCACGUCUCAGUGGAAACAGGAAAAGAAGACGCGCUCAGGGGCAGCCGUGAGGCAGCUGUCCACUACCAACAUCAGCCAUCCCUGCAAGAGAUCCCCACUGGAUCAUCUGGCUGCGCUGGUUCUUCAUGGUCAAAGCCGGCACCGUCAGAUUGGCCAAGACACCCUUUGCUCCACCAAGCCGCAGAACCGUAAGCGCAUCGUGGUUCUUGGUGCGCCACGGGUCGGCAAGACCUCCAUCCUGAGAAGAUACCUUCGGGACGGAUUUGUGGAGGAGUACAACCCCACCUCCGAGGAUUUCCUCAGGAAACUGUUUCGUAUCCGGGGGGAGACCUACCAAAUUGACAUCCUGGACGCGUCCAGGGAAAGGGAUUUCCCAGCCAAGCGGCGGCUGUCUAUCCUCACUGGAGACAUUUUUCUUCUAGUGUUCAGUCUUGAUGACCGGAGCUCAUUCGAAGAGGUGUGCGCCCUGCGAACGGAGAUUCUGACUGCUAAAUCCAAACUCACCAGAUCCUCUGUGCCAGAGCAGUGCGCACAGCCGCAGGUUCCCUUGUUGGUCUGCGCCAACAAGGUGGAUCUCCUGGAGUCCGAGAGAGAAAUAUCAAAGGCAGAGGUGCUCCAAGCCCUCGGUGAUGGCUGUGCCUAUUUUGAGACGUCUGCAAAGGACAGCACUAAUCUAGAGAAACUCUUCGAGACUUUGGCAAAGCGAGGCGGACUUCCGACUGAGACUGGUCCGUCUCAGCACCGCAAAGUCUCCCUUCGUUCGUACCAGGCGACACGGACUGGCCGUGUGACGGGAAGGGGGAGCCAGGCGCCAGUGCGCGAUGAUCCCUGUGGCGCCCUGUACCCACUUGCUCGCCGACCGAGUUUUAGCACUGAUCUCCGGCAAGUCAUUGGGCCACGCCCGACAAGAAAGCCCUGUAAAGCUCUGGAGAAAUGUCAGAUUCAAUGAGAAACAAAGAGACUAUGAGACGAACGAAUAAAGCACUGAUAU